AAAAUUAAUAAGAAAGACGUCACAUUGACUAUCCAGAAUCAGGCGGGGCUUCUCCAGAAAUAAAACCAAACACGCUGUUCAUCCAUUCCUUUGUUUGAGUACCUGUUCCAGAUUUUAAACAAUCUAAAGGAGUUUGAGAUGGAUUAUUUAGGGAUCGAUCUUAGCUGCGCUCUCGGAUCUCUACGGAAAGGACAAUUUCCGGAGAAAGAUUGUUUACUCCCACUCAUAUCCAAACUCCUCGGCUACUGCAUCGUUGCUGCUUCCACCACCGUCAAACUCCCUCAGAUACUGAAAAUUUUGAAAAAUAGUAGUGUGAGAGGGCUUAGUGUUGUGGCCUUUGAGCUCGAAGUAGUUGGGUAUACCAUUGCUUUGGCAUACUGUCUUCACAAAGGGCUUCCCUUUUCAGCUUAUGGCGAGCUGGGGUUUCUUUUGGUUCAAGCAAUAAUUUUAAUUGCUCUAAUCUACCAUUAUUCAUCAUCAGUUGGUACCACAACAUGGAUCAAGGCUCUAAUUUAUUGUGCUAUAGCGCCAACUGUUUUAGCUGGUCAAAUUGAUCCUGUUCUUUUUGAAGCUCUCUAUGCAUCCCAACACGCAAUAUUUUUCUGUGCAAGGGUCCCACAAAUAUGGGAGAACUUUAAAAACAGAAGUACUGGGGAGCUCAGCUUCUUAACGUGUUUCAUGAACUUUGGUGGUUCCAUGGUGAGAGUUUUUACCAGCAUCCAAGAAAAUGCACCAACAAGUGUUAUUAUGGGCUCUGUACUUGGUGUCAUGACAAAUGGCACUAUCCUGAGUCAGAUUAUCUUAUACCAAAAGCCUCAGGCUAAGAAAGGGAAAAAGGUCAAGUGAAAGAACUUCUUCAGAAAGAGUUUUUAGCAGGUGAUGAAGCUUAGAGUGACAUGAUCACAAGGAUUUGGUAGUUCAUCCAGUCUUGAAGCAUGUGUACCAGAAAAUGAAUCUAUAGCUUAGCAGAAGUGCAGAUGGUGUUGUUUUUAGAUUAUACUUUAUGCAUUUGCAGAUCACACCAUUAAAUCCUUAUUGUCAAAGGUACAGGAAUAGGGAAUUUAAUUCUGAAUUCAAAAGUUGCCUUGGUUGCAUUGAGUGACAUAUUUUAAUUAGUUUUCUAGUCAAUUGAGAGGGCUUGUAUACUUUUCCAAGCUUAGAAAUUUAUCUUUAUGCGUAACUCGUAUUAACCGGUAAAA